AUGGCAAAACUUACUGAUGAUGCUGACUACUAUGCCGGCGAGACGUUUGAGAAAGUACCAAGUCCACUGUCUGAUGCUGGGAAUCAUGACCACUACUAUGGCAGACGACUUCGGACUAGGCAUUGUGAACUGAGGGGUCACGCCUGUCUCUCAGACGCCUACUCUUGGCCUGGAUAUCAAUUCGAAGCCAAAGCCUGCCUUCAAGCUAACUGCUCGGACAAAGCUGACAAUGGGCGCUGCGAUCCAGAGUGCAAUCUACUUGCAUGCCAAUUUGAUCAUGGCGACUGUCUCUUCUCUCCUGAACGAGAGCCUUAUCCAAAAUUUGGACACCGAGUGGAUUCAACCAUUGCCUCACACUUGAUGACAAACUUGCUAAACAGGACAGCCGGUACCACUUCCACCUCUACUCCCUCUUUCAAUUUCAGAAUUUUAGAUGUGAAAAGUGAUUGGCAUACAGAUUCAUUGCCGGAUUCACCACUGCAACAAUUACCAGGGGAGCCAGCCAUCCCCUGGAACAACUGCUCUGCAAUCAGUCAAUAUAAUGUG